UCUAACCAAACUCAGCUGUUUGGGCAAUUUUGUUAUGAAAUUUUCUAAAGUUUUGCUAUGAAAAUGCUGCGUUUACUGACAAAAACAAGACUAGUGAGGCAUUUGGUGCCAGCCACAGGCGCUACUCCGAUUUCUCCCCGCUUCUAUGCACAGAACCCUGAAACUGGCAGAAAAAACCCGGGGGAGGAGCCCAUCAGCAACGAGCCCAUCAAGUUCUUCGGCAGCCAGGCGGCCACAUGGCGUGCCAAGGACACACGGAGCGGUGGCAGCGAUGAGUCGCUGUGGUACCAGCCCUACGUGAUUUCCGCCAGCUUGGCAGUCUUCCUCCUGUACUUCUGCUGGCUGCGCGAGGAGAGCGACAUCGACCAGCGACUGGAGGGAGAUCUGUACGAGCAUGUCAGUGGCCUGGAGGAGGUCCAGCUAACCGUCAACUACAAAUACAACAAGGAGCACGGUCUGGACACCAAGGAACAGGAGAAGAGGCUUGCGGAACUUGGCGUCGAUCUAAACCAGUUGAACGCCAAACUAGCAGCCCAAUAGUCAUAGAUUUGGUUAAUCGUACUUUUUGUUUUGUUAAGUGAUUAAAAUGGAAUGACUUUAGCUACUAAAAUGGAA